GUGGCAUCUCGCGACGGAUCGCUGUCUACUGCUACUACUACUACGGCUCAACUCCACUUGCUGUUGUUGAUUCUCCUCCUCCUCCUCAUCUCAUCUCCCGAAAUACUAAUCCAGCUCGAUCGUGUGGGAAAGAGAUCACAGAAGGUACUUGGCUAGCUCACUCCAUCAAUCGAUCGAUCGGUACAGUUUAGCAACAGUUAAGCUUCACCUUUUUGUAUUAGCUAGUGGCAGUCGCUACUACGUCCACGUCCUUUUGUGUUACGGAUUGGUUCGCGAGCGAGAUAACUGUAAGUUGGGGGGAGGCCAUGGGGGUGCACACGAAGUCGAUGAGCUGGUACAUGGGGACGCCGGCCUCGCCGUCGCCGGGGAGCGCCGGGGAGGCGCAGCACGCACUGAGCAGCGGCGGGGGAGGGGGCAGCGACGCCAGCUUCGACACCAACAUGGUGAUCAUCCUCGCGGCGCUGCUCUUCGCGCUGCUGUUCGCGCUCGGGCUCAACUCGCUCGCGCGGCUCAUCAUCCGGUGGGCGCGGCGGGCGGCGACGGGGGAAGGCGCCGGCGGCGGCGUGGAGGGGGCGGGCGCCGGCGGCGGGCUCAAGAAGCGCGCGCUCAGGAGCAUCCCCAUCGAGGUGUACGGCGGAGGUGGUGGAGGGAGCCCCGCCGCCGCGGCGGAGGUCUGCGCCAUCUGCCUCGGCGAGUUCGCGGACGGCGAGAAGGUGCGCGUGCUGCCGCGCUGCGGCCAUGGCUUCCACGUCCGCUGCGUCGACACGUGGCUCGUCUCCCACGACUCCUGCCCCACGUGCCGGGGCUCCGUCCUCCACGGCGCCACCACCAAGCACAAACCAACCGCCGCCGCCGCCGCCGCGGGCAGCCGGCGGCCGGGGAGCGAGGUCGACGCCCCCGCCGCCGCCGCCGUGACGGUGGUCAUCGCGUGACCGGGGCAGGUGGGCCCCCGCUUCCCCCAGCCGCUGUGGGCCCAGUGUAACAUACCCAUGUAAAAAAUCUCCUUUCUUGUUUUGGACCUAUGUAAAAAAAUCUCUCCUUGGGCCAGGCCAUGGCCCAUGGCCGUGAGAUAUUUUCCGACGUUGGUGCUGUGAGAGGAUGACGGGUGGGCCCGCUCGUCUGUUCAGUUUGUAGGUUACUCACAGUAGUCCACCGUCCAUUCGAUUUCGAUCUUGGCUAGCAAGGGCAGUUGUUGUGGAGGUUAGGAGGUACAGGACGCUUACAGUUACGUACAGGCUUGUAAUAUUACCGUAUAAGUAGUAUCAUUUUGCGAGGAAAUACCGUAUAUUUGUUGGUA